UUUUUUUUUUUUUUUUCCACAAAAGCAAUGCCAUUCUAUCUGAUUCAAUUUGCUCAAUCUCACGAGGAAUUUCGGUUACCAGAAUUCGAUUCUCUUGCUGUCUUGGAAAACGUCAAAUACAACUAUGCCAAAGAUAGUUAUAAAUUAGACAGUCCAUACUUUAAGGUUGAACUGGAAUCGGACGAUGAUGCUCGUAAACUAGUGAAACGAUCCAUUCUGAUCAAGAGAAUCUAUGAAUUAUGGGGUGAAGGAUCAACUUAUGAUGCUGUAAACGAUCAAGUCAAAGCAAACAAGGACAAAUGGGCAGAUUACCAUUAUACCUCUUUUAAAUUUAGUGUCUCAGCAUUUGGGUGGACAUUGACAGCAAAAGAACAGUUGAAGAUUAUCAAUUCUUUUUCUUAUCUUGGAUUUGAAGGUGAUAUUGAUCUAACCAAUCCUCAAGUGAAAUUUGGUGUUUUAGAAGAUUACGGACAAACUACCACUCAUGUUGAAGGUGGAAAUCCUCCUUCAUUGAAGUAUGUGUAUAUGGGUCGACUUGUGGCUUCAGGCAGUCGUGAUUUGGUACAAAAAUAUAAUCUCAAGAAACGACAUUAUUUGGGUACAACAUCGAUGGAUGCUGAAUUAUCUUUAGUGAUGGCGAAUCAAGCACUUGCUUCUUCAGGCAAACUUGUCUAUGAUCCUUUUGUUGGUACUGGAAGUUUCUUAUUUACCUGUGCUCAUUUUGGUUCUUAUACAUUGGGAUCGGAUAUCGAUGGUCGUCAAAUACGUGGAAAAUCUAAAGAUAGAGGUGUUAAAUCCAAUAUUGAACAAUACAAUCUCCAAGGUCGUGUUUUAGAUUCUCUAGUAUUUGAUGUUACUCGUAAUCCUUGGCGAUGUGAUGAUUGGUUGGACGCUAUUGUUACAGCUCCUUAUGGUGUUCGUGCUGGCGCGAAAAGAUUGGGUCGAAAGGAUGAACUGAAGAAACCAUUACAAGAACGAUCCUAUGAAGGUGUACCUAUGCAUUUACGAGAAGAUUACUAUCCUCCUACUAAACCUUAUGAAAUGUCAGAAGUACUUAAAGAUUUAUUGGAAUUUUCCGCAAAACAUCUUCAUGUGGGUGGUCGAUUGGUAUACUGGUUACCAACUGUGGUGGAUGAAUAUUCAAAUACAGAUGUACCUCAGCAUCCUUGUAUGGUAUUAAUAUCAAAUAGUGAACAAAACUUUGGUCAAUGGUCAAGACGAUUAAUUACUAUGGAAAAGGUCAAACAUUAUACUACUUCAUCAUCAUCCUUAGAAAAUGCAGAUACACCAAAAGCACUUGGACAUUACUUAUUUAGGGAAAAGUAUUUUAGCUUUGGAAGACAACAACAAGAUGAUGAAAAGAAGGAUGUAUAGAUUUUAGAAAUAGUUUGGAUUAGAAUUAUAGAUCUUUAAAUAAAUGUAGACUAAUAAACUUUCAUGCGCCUCUUUUUCAACCCCACAUUCAAACUCCAUUGAAAAAAAAUAUUAUAUAAGUUUUUUUUCUUCAUUGACAAAUCGUU